AUGCUCAUAGAACCGGAUGUUGCAUGUGUUUUUGGCUAAAUAUUAAAAUGAAAGUACAGUUAUUAUGAAUCCUGUAAGAAUAUCCUUAAACUAUUUAAGACAUGCAGCUAUUAAGGAGGCAAAUCGGACAACUUAUAUGUGUAACAACAAAUGCAACAGAAUUUUAAGAACUUUUAGUUUGAAAAGUGGUAUUCAAACAAGUUUGCAAGGUAGCAACACCUUCAAAAAACAAUUUGUAGAUGGCAGAUAUAUUGGAAACUUUUUCCAUAAUAGGAUAUUGAAUUCACCGAGAUAUUACUGUAGUGAACAAGAGGAUGAAGGACAAACACAAUCAAAUCAGACACUAGGAAAAAUUAAAGGAACACUGCUCAUGGCUUACAAAUGUAAAGUUUGUGGAACAAAAAACCAAGAAACAUUUUCUAAACAAGCUUAUGAAAAGGGGGUUGUUAUUGUCACUUGUAAAGAAUGUAAAAGUAAUCACUUGAUUGCUGAUCAUCUUGGCUGGUUUCAAGAUUUCAAAGGAAGGACUAUUGAAGAAAUUUUGGCUGAAAAAGGAGAAACUGUGAAGAAAGUUGUGCUUGAUGGUGGAAUGGAACUGAUUCCUAAAACAGAUAAAAAUAAUGAUUCUUAAUUGUUUAUGUUUGGAAUCAAAUAAAUUUUUUAAACAAA